UUGUACUAAUUUACCACUGUACAUCUGGAACACAGGGAUCGUAAAUCUCAAUCGCAAUCCAACGAAACAUAAUAGGCUGAGGCGUUAUCUUCAGUCAACAUUCGAACUGAAAGCGGAAACGGGGAGGAUCUUGCUGUUCAUUUGUACUGUGAUUCUUCUUCCCAGAAUUUACAAGCAUGGCUUCUUCACAUUCAACGGACAACUGCCUCGGAUGGGCUGCCAGAGAUCCGUCCGGAGUUCUCUCUCCUUAUAAUUUUAGCCGCAGGGUUGUUGGGAGUGAUGAUGUUUCACUAGAUAUUGCAUAUUGUGGCGUCUGUUAUGCUGAUGUUAUCUGGACAAGGAAUAUACAUGGAACAUCCAAGUACCCUUUAGUGCCUGGACAUGAGAUUGUAGGAAUUGUGAAAGAAGUUGGUUCUGGGGUUCAGCGGUUUAAAGUUGGCGACCCUGUGGGAGUUGGAACUUAUGUUAACUCUUGCAGGGAGUGUGAGUAUUGUAAUGAAGGAUUAGAAGUUCAGUGUUCAAAGGGAUCUGUUUUUACUUUUGAUGGCAUCGAUGUAGAUGGUACAGUCACCAAGGGAGGAUACUCUAGUUACAUUGUUGUUCAUGAAAGGUAUUGCUACAAAAUUCCAGAAAAUUACCCUCUUGCCUCAGCAGCGCCAUUGUUGUGUGCUGGAAUUACUGUGUACACACCGAUGAUGCGACAUAACAUGAAUCAGCCUGGUAAGUCUUUGGGUGUGAUUGGACUAGGUGGUCUUGGUCACUUGGCGGUGAAGUUUGGCAAAGCUUUUGGAUUGAAAGUAACGGUUUUCAGCACCAGUAUAUCAAAGAAAGAAGAAGCUCUGAAUCUUCUUGGUGCAGACAAUUUUGUGAUCUCGUCUGAUGAAAAACAGAUGAUGGCACUAUCUAAAUCAUUUGACUUCCUGAUUAACACGGCAUCUGGAGAUAUCCCAUUUGAUCUAUACUUGUCACUGUUGAAGACCGCUGGUACUCUUGCUUUGGUGGGGUUCCCUAGCGAAGUGAAAUUUAGCCCCGGAAGCCUAAACUUGGGUAUGAAAUGCAUUGCUGGGAGCAUUACUGGCGGAACAAAGCUCACACAAGAAUUGCUGGAAUUUUGUGCUUCCCGGAAAAUUUACCCAGAAAUUGACAUUAUUCCUAUUCAGUAUGUGAAUGAAGCUCUUGAAAGAUUAAUAAAGAAGGAUGUGAAAUAUCGGUUCGUGAUUGACAUUGGGGGCUCCCUCAAAUAGGGUGGAUGUUCAUCUUUUUUGUUUUUCCACAACUCCUCAGUUGAUGUAUGUUUGGGGGUAGUUGCAAAGAAAUAUGAUGGCCCUCCAACGAUGCUGAUUCUUUGAAUUGAAAGUUCCAUCUUGUCAAAAUUUGUUGAAACAUGACAGCCAUUAGUUCCAUGCUAUGAACAUUAUAUUAUGGUACUAAAUAUUCAGUUUAUAUACUUAGCAACAAAUAUCAAAAUAAAUUGUGGUGUUACAUUCGGGUUU